AUGUUUACCGGUCUCAUAGAACAUCUCGGUCGCGUCGCCGUCAUCGACGAGCUCGACGCAUCGGAAAGUGGAGGAGGCGGCUGGAGCAUGACGAUUGCAGAUGCAUCUCCCAUCCUAGACGAUUGCCAUAUUGGAGAUUCCAUCGCCGUCAACGGAUGUUGUCUCACUGUUACCCAUUUUGACUCGGACACAUUUAAAGUCGGACUCGCACCAGAAACGCUCUCGCGCACAAAUCUUGGCGAGCUCAAAGUUGGCGCACGCGUCAAUCUUGAACGAGCCGUGGCUGCUCAUACCCGCUUCGGGGGCCACUUUGUCCAGGGUCACAUUGACGACGUCGUGACCAUCUGUAACAGAGAACAAGACGGAAACUCUCUCCGACUCACGUUCAAGGUUCCCCCAGCGACCCAGACCCGCCCUUCUCUCCUCCCGUACAUCAUCCAAAAGGGUUUCAUCGCCCUCGAUGGCGCCUCGCUCACCAUUACUUUCGUCGACGACCAAAGCCAGACAUUUGGUGUGAUGCUCAUCGCCCAUACCCAGUCUAAAAUCGAGCUAGCCAACAAGCCCGUCGGCGCAACGGUCAACGUCGAGGUCGACAUGGUCGGCAAAUAUGUCGAAAAGUCGAUUGCUGCCGCCCUUGGCAGCUUUGAGAGUUCGGGGCCUUCGUCGCCUCUCAAGACCCUCAUCGAACGCACAAUUGACAAUGCGAUUCAGAGUCGUCUGAAAUAA